AUGGGUAUGGCUGCAACAGAAUCACAGUUUCAUGUUUUGGCUGUUGAUGAUAGUAUCAUAGAUAGAAAACUCAUUGAAAGACUCCUCAAAACCUCUUCUUAUCAAGUUACUACAGUUGAUUCUGGUAGCAAGGCUUUAGAGUUCUUAGGUCUAUGUGAACAUGAUCAGAACCAUCACACUAACCCAAAUACACCACCUGUCUUUCCUAACAAUCAUCAGGAAGUGGAAGUUAAUCUUGUUAUAACAGAUUAUUGUAUGCCGGGCAUGACAGGCUAUGAUUUGCUUAAGAAAAUCAAGGAAUCAUCUUCAUUGAGAAACAUACCAGUAGUGAUUAUGUCAUCUGAAAAUGUGCCUUCAAGGAUUAAUAGAUGCUUAGAGGAAGGAGCAGAAGAAUUUUUCUUGAAGCCUGUGAGGCUAUCAGAUUUGAAUAGGCUUAAACCUCACAUGAAGAAAAACAAAUUGAAAGAUCCAAGAAAUGAAACAGAAGAAAAGAUUGAAAACUCAGAAAUUCUUCUGCAACAAGAAGCACCAAAAUCUCAAUAUUCACGUUCAGAAUCAGAAUCUGAAUCACAGUUACAAGCACAUUCAACUAUUGAUCAACAGCAACAAUCACUACAACAAAACAAUAAUAAUAACAAGAGAAAGAGUAUGGAACAACAAGGACUUUCUUCUGAGACUGAUAGAACAAGACAAAGAUACAGUGGCAUAGCUACUGUUGUAUGA